UCGCGAGACUUUAUUUCAGCCCAGGCGCAUAGACGGCUACUAGGCUGUUAUAAGACUAUCGCGAGAACUUUACCUGCAAUUCCUUAUACAUCCUUUAGAAAUGCCUGAAAUUUGAAAAUUUUUCUAUUCUGGUCUCCCCACUGUCUUUUUCUGUUACUCCUAAAUAACUCGUGUAGCCUAGACUCCGUUAUCAACCGGAUCGCUUUCACCUUCUCUAGGAACCAAUUCCAACAGCACACUCGGUGCCAGAAUCCAGGACAUGCUUCCGGUGAACACGCGCAGCUCAAGCCCCGCCCUGCUUACGCAGUGCUUAACUUCAGCGGACGGUGGCCGGAGAAGGACAAUGGUUUCCAUGUUAGCCACAAACGCACUCUAGGUCGCUCUUGAACCCGGUAGUUGGCAGACUGCUGAGGAGCGAGAAAGUAGCCAAGGGAGCCGGUGCACCUUAUAGAGCCGGAGCCAUGCCGCGCCGGGGCCUAGUGGCGGGGCCAGACUUCGACUAUUUUCACCGUCGGUAUUUCACGCCGUCAGAAGUAGCGGAACACAACCAGCCCGAAGACCUUUGGGUAUCUUACCUGGGCUAUGUGUACAAUCUGACGCCCCUUGUGCAAGCGUUUAAAGGGGACCUACUGCUGAAACCCAUCCUAGAAGUUGCAGGCCAGGACAUUAGCCACUGGUUUGAUCCAAAGACCAGAGAUAUUCGCAAGCACAUAGAUCCCAUGACUGGUUGCCUGAGAUACCGCACCCCGCGGGGCCGCUUCGUGCACGUCCCACCUCCUCUGCCUCGUUCAGACUGGGCCAAUGAUUUCGGGAAGCCCUGGUGGAAGGGGUCGACUUACCAGGUGGGGCGGCUGUCUGCCAAGACCCGGAAUAUCCGUAUUAUUAACACUCUUACGUCGCAGGAGCACACACUGCAGGUGGGAGCUCUGGAAUCAAUGUGGGAAAUCCUACACCGCUAUCUCCCCUAUAAUGCACAUGCUGCCAGCUACACAUGGAAAUAUGAUGGGAAGAAUCUGAACAUGGAUCUUACCCUGGAAGAAAAUGGGAUCCGGGAUGAGGAGGAAGAGUUCGACUUUCUUAAUAUGGAUGCUACCCUCCACACACCCUCAGUGCUCCUCUACUUCAAUGAUGACCUCACAGAGCUAUAGGAGAGGAGAUGUAUGUGCGUGUGGACUCGUUAUGUUUGAGUUUGCCUCUUUCUGUGCUUUGAGGAAAAGAGCUGUGGGGCUGUGGGGCUGGGCCUAGACACCUGUCACCCGCCCCCCCCCCCCCCCCCCAAACUGGCCUGUGGUUCUUGUGCCUUUCCGACAUGUAAAGGCCCUUAUCCCUAGCUCCUCUGUGAUUUGCUCAGAGCAUGUUAGUGGGACACUAGAGGAGAAUUAAUCCCUGGAAUUGAUAGGAAGAGACCAAGGGUCUUUCAGUUUGGAGUGUGAGAUAGAGUUCGGGCAGAACUCUUGAUAGUAGGAGAAAGACCCGCAGGGAUGAAGGGGUGGAAGAGAUGAGGUUGCAGGAAGGUGGGAAUCACAAAGACAGGCUCUGGGAA